AUGCUCGCUCUCCGUCGACUCCCCGCCCGAGGCCUGUCCGGUAUUCGCUGGUCCUCCACGGGCCCAGCGCUGCCGCCCUUGAUGACCCAGCUGAGAACAGACCUGAAAACUGCCAUGCGCGCCAAGGACACCCCGAGACUCAAUGUGGUGCGCGCUCUCAUCUCUGAAACCAACAAUUCUGCCAAAACUACAUCGCCCAUCCAGACCGACCUGCAGCUCUUGUCGCUGGUCCGAAAACGCAUCGCCGCCGCGCGGGACGCCGCCCAGCAAUUCGCCGCCGCGAACCGUCCCGACCUGAAGGAACAAGAAGAGGCGCAGGUGGCUGUCCUGGAGGAGUAUGCCAGUCAAGUCCAAACAAUGAGCACGGACGAAAUCCAGGCAGUGAUUGCUCGGGAGAUCACAACCCUCAAAGAAGCUGGCCAGAAGCUUCAGGUGGGCCUCCUCCUCAAGUCUCUGUUUGCAUCCGGUGGUGCCCUGGAUGGCAAGCCCGCCGAUCGGGGAGAGGUGGCCAAGCUGGCCAAGGAGGCCCUCGCGGCGUGA